UUUUGGCUUAGUCACAACUGAGCGAUUUUUAUUAACCGAUAUUCGAUAUGACAUACUGAUCAUGGAUGAAGGCCACAAAGCAAAGAAUGUCAAUACAGAGCUGAGGAAAAAUAUGAUGAGGGUCAACGUUUAAAAAGCAUAGACUUUUGUUGACAGGAACCCCUCUCCAGAAUAAUUUACAAGAGCUUUGGAGUGUUUUUGAUUGAGUUCAGCCAGGGAUUUUUGAUUCUUUUCAAAAGUUCACAAAGGAAUAUGCUACUCCUAUCGAAGAAGGAUUAACCAAAGAUUCAACUACUGUUAAAAAGACCAAGAGCAAGAAGCUAAGUGAGAAACUUAGAGCUCAAUACAAGCCUCAUUUCCUUAGAAGGACCAAGAAGCAAAUUUUCACAAUGAGAAGUGUCGAUUUGACAGGGGAAGCAUUGAAGGAUAAUGAGUUGCCAUUAAAGACAGAUUUGGUGAUUUGGGUGAAACUUUCUGAAUCCCAAAAGAAACUGUAUCAGUAUAUUAUUUCACAAAAGCAUGUUCAGAGUGUUAUCGCUGCAGGAGCUUCCAGAAACGCAUUUUGUUUGCUUUCAGUUAUCAAAAAGCUUUGACAACAUCCGCUGUUGCUUAGAAAAGGAGCCAUGAACAAAAGCGAGAAGGAUGAUGACUUCUUUGGUGAAGAAGAGAAAAACCUUGCUGAUUUUGCAGAAGAAGAUACAGGCCCAAUACCCACAAAGAAGGUCAAGCCUAAGAAGGACAAAGACAUUGAGAAGCAGACCAAGAUGAUGGAACUUCUUGACCUCAAAGAUAUCCUCAAUGAUGCAGUGGCCCACUACAAUGGGAAUGAUGUUGAUGGAAUCCUGGCGGAUUCUUCCAAACUUGUGUUUUUAUUCAUGCUUUUAGAGAACCUUCACAAGGAAGGGCAUAGAGUGCUUAUCUACUCUAUGAGCAAGGUUAUGUUGAAUAUCAUAGAGAAGAUCACUAAAGCAGCUGGAAAAUUUCAAUACAGGAGAAUUGAUGGCGACACUGAUAUCGAGGAAAGAGACAAGAUCCAAAAAGAAUUUAAUAAAAACUCCGAGAUAUUUAUGUGUUUCCUUACAACUAAGGUUGGAGGAUGAGGUCUUAACCUUGUCGGAGCAGAUAGAGUCAUUAUUUUUGAUCCUGACUGGAAUCCAGCAAAUGAUAACCAAGCUGUUGAUAGAAUAUACAGAAUUGGUCAAAAGAAGGAUAUAAUUGUCUACAGAUUAAUCACUAUUCAUGGCAUUGAAGAGCGAAUUUAUCGUCGGCAAAUUCACAAGCAAGGAAUUAAUAAAGCUACUGUUGAGAGUAAGGAAAGCAAAAAUAUUGAGAAGUACUUUAGUAAUGAAGAUCUCUUCGAACUGUUUAACUUAGACAAGGAAGAUGAGAACUGAAAAACUUUGGAAAUUUUAAAAGAAUCUGAGAAGAAGACAGGAAAGGUGACUAACAAGAAUCAAUCAAAGAAGUUGAAGAAACAUCUGAACUUUUUAAAGAAGUUAGAAACGGUCUUUGGUGUUACUAAUAAUGCCUUAGUACACAUGGACGAAGACGAAAAGCUUGAUGAUGAUGAUAUUGAUAUUCCUGAUCAUUACCAUUAUAAAAGCCCUAGAAUUAUUAAUUUAAAACAGAAAAAGAUCAAAAAGAAGAAGAAUGUCAAACCUAAAGAAGAAGAUUUUGAGAUGCAAACUCGGGCUCAAAUCAGCACGAAUAAAAAGAAGCCUACUAAGAAAAUUUUUCCUCCUGCUCAAAACACCCCUGAGGAAAGUUUUGAUAUCCACACAUCUGAUCUGAAUAGCCUAAUUAUUUCCGAAGAUAGUGUUCCAAAAAGUGCUUUGGAAGACCUAAAGCAAAAGCGGAGAUCUAGAGCUGGCCAUGCUCCUAUUCUCCCCAAAACGCCCACCAAGCCUCCAAAGUCUGCGCAGCCCAAGGUUGCUAAAGGAAGGAAGAGACUGAGGAAGAAUGUGUAAAUUCUGGCUUGAACUUAAUUUUGAUCAAUCUCUACUAUUUCAAUC